CAGUCUCACGUGUGCGUUUUCACACCGGCCUCGAGCUCGACUCAGCCAAUCAGGAGUGUUCACCUGAGCUCAACGUCGCACCGAAGUUUAUCUCUCUGCGUGUGUCUCAGCGUGUUGACGAGAAGAAUACCGUGAAACAACAAUGGGGAGGCUGAAUUUUUACGUGCUUUGGUCCCUGCGUGACGCUCCUCGCCAGUUUAUUAGCAAAUCCAACCGAAGGUGCUUUCAAGUCCACAUCCCACUACCUCUUCCCAAACACCUGGUCAUCUUUGGUCUUGGAGAUUGGAAAUCCAGUGAUAUGACAAUAUCAGUAGAUGUUCUGGUCAGUGCAGAAGUGCCGGUCCAGAACAUAGGGACCAUGUCAGCACAAGCAAGGUGUCUUGCCUGGGAAGGUGACUGGAGCACUGACAUUGUCACAGUGGCAGCAGAGAGAGGCAGGAGAGGAGUUUAUGGCAAGAUUGUGCUCACAAUGUGCGGAGAGCCACAGGAUGAAGCCAGUGUCUUCAGCAGCACUCCCCUGGUUCAAAGGAAAUGUCUGUUCCCAGAUCAGCACAACGCCACCGAUCUCUCUUGCACAUUACCCGAAGGUGCUGGAAAUGAAACGAUAACGACCAACUCCUCCCAGUUGGGUGACAGCGUUUGCUUUGCCGAGAUCCAAGUUAAUAAAAUUGACACCACUGAUUACACUGUGGAAAAUAGGCCCCCAGUUUGGCCUACGAACAAGACACCCAGGCGGACAGUCAUUAGUAAGAGAGGCCACCUGACAUGGAGCUCUGAGGACAUGGACAGCCUAGCAGAGGACAUAGACCAGGCUUCCACCCCAAAGAAAAGGAGGCUGUCCAGGAGGGACAGCCAAGAAGAAAUGGCUGUGCAGAUAAAGAAUGAGAACAGACAAGUUUCAGUGUGUCCAUCAAAGCGUUGGAGCCACACGAUGUGUCUGAGUGACCCUGAUACGGCCAUCCUCAUCGGAGGGGAGACAGAUGAUCAAAAUUACUGCAAGGACUCCCUGUGGAAGCUGGAGUUAGACAAUGACUUCUGGUUUCCCAUGAACUCUGCUGCUUCUGGACCUGUACCACCAUGCGCCCGAGGACAUUCUGCAUCCUAUGACCCAGACUCCAAGUCUGUCUUCGUGUACGGUGGCCUGCGAGAGGGUCAGCGCUAUAGUGAGCUGUAUAUACUCAAUACUCUGACCUGGAAGUGGAAGCUUGUCACUGCGAAAGGAAAUGUUCCAAAUUUGGCCUAUCAUUCUGCAGCCUUUUAUAAGAAAGAGCUUUUUGUCUUUGGUGGAGUUGAGCCGAGUCAUUCCUCUGGAGAUAAAUCCUGCAGCAAUGCUCUGUACAUCUUUAAUCCAGAGUUUGAACUCUGGUACCAGCCGAUCGUGGAGGGGGACAGACCUCUACCUCGAUUUGGACACUCUGCCACAUUGAUGUCACAGAAGUUGAUCAUAUUUGGUGGAAGGAAGACCGCUACCUACCUUAAUGAUCUCCACAUUCUAGAUCUGGGAUUCAUGGAGUACACAGCUGUGAAGUGUGGGAACAUGCCACCGCUGCCUCGAGGGUUUCAUGCAGCUCUACCAGUUUCAGACAACAGGAUUUUAGUCUAUGGAGGUUGCAGUGCAAUCGGAGCCCUGCAGGACCUACAUGUUUUCAAUACUGACACUAACAUGUGGAGCUCAGUAGCAUCUCCUCUGCUUUGCUCCAAGCCUCGUGCAGGACACAGCAUGAUCAGUCUGGGCUGCUCCAUCGUAAUAGACGCUGAGAAGCACGGGCAGAGCGAAAAUGUCGGUGUCCACUGCUCAUUGCUGGUGUUUGGUGGGUCAGACUGCUCCGGCGCUUUCUACAACGACACAGUCAAGUGCACAGUGGAGAUUCCUGGUGACAAGUGAUGGAUUCAUUAGGGAGGAACAUUUUUAAACAGCUGAGGUGUUGUGGUCUGUGCUGUGAUGCUUCUGUGAUAGAAGAAUGACGGCACCUCUAAGUGUAUCUGUGACAGUUAUAUUUGUAUUUGGUUGUUUUAUCUUUAUGUGUUAUAGUAUCUGCAUGAUGCAUUCUGCAGAUAGCUUCCUUUUUAUUCCUUUUCCUCUGUUUAACGUUUGUCCAUAUUUCCUCCAAGCAGACUAUGCUGCAAGCAGUGAGCUGAGUGGUUUUGCACGUUUGCAUAACAAAUCUCUGGUCUGCAUGUUUUCACACAUUACUUUAUGUCCUUUACCUUGUCCCCACAUCAUCAGUAUGUAUUAAGGUAAAAUGUUUGACUGGGUUAAAAAGUCAAAAUGCUAAUAAAUAUUUUUAACUCAAA